AUGGCUGAACCUCCGCCUCGGCCCCCAGGAGGCCGACGCGGAGGACCCAAGACAAUGCUCACCUGGGCCCUUUUCCUCCUGCUCAUUGCUGCUGCUCACCCUCAGUCGAUCCACCAGCCCGAGUCCAUCCAGCGUCUGGUGGCUUCCACCCAGAGUGUCCGCACCGAGCCAAGUCGACGUCCUCAAGCUGGCCGCAGCCCAGCAGAAAUCCCUCUUCUGAAGAACGACAUCACCACGGUCAAGUUCAGAAGCACCGAUGAAAACCCUCAACAAGCACCAAAACUCCGUGCCUUGGCUCCAGCCUACGAUAGCAGUAGUGCUGUUCGAGCACCUCUUGUUCAGUCUGCCGAGUCGUCCAGACUCUCAGCGCUCCCUUCAGCGCGGCUCCUGCAAGAUUGGGAGGUGGAGAAUAUUGUCCUUCUGGCCACCAUCGACGGCACCAUACACGCCCUCGACAGGAGAACUGGCGCAGAAAGAUGGUCGUUGGGAAUCCCCGACAGUCCCAUGAUCGAGACUAUUCACCACAAGUUGAACCGAAGUGACCUGGAAAGCGAUCCCUCUAUGGAAGAUGACUACAUGUUUAUCGUGGAACCGAGCAAGGACGGGAAUUUAUACAUUCAACAUCGAGACCCCAGAAUAGGCCUACAGCGAUUGGGCGUCACGGUUCGAUCCCUCGCCGAGUCCACACCUCAAUUUGUUGAAGAUCCUCCCCUCGUGACGAUAUCAUCUCAAGAAACUACUGCAUAUGUGGUAGAUGCUGCCACAGGCAAUAUCCUCCAACAGUUUGAUCGCUAUCGUGGCUUCUCAAGUGAAGAUCAAGGUCGGAGUUGUCGACGCUUGACCGGCCUGUUCGACCUAGACGAUCCUGCCUGCGAGCCACUCGGCACUCUAAAUCUCGGCCGUGUCGAGUACACCAUUCAGAUUUCCCACAAGGUCACGAAUCAAGCUCUAUGCACCAUCAAGUUUGCUGAAUGGAUACCCAACAAAGGUGACAGUGAUCUCCAAGAUCAAUAUGUUGCACCUCUCGAUAACAACCAUAUUCAGAGUCUGUAUAACGGCCGUGUCAUCGGCCUCGAUGGAGACAAAGACUCUCGCAAGUAUACAACCUUUUCUCAACGGUUGGACACGCCUGUGGCUCGAGUGUUCGAUGUCGUUCGUCCACAAGACCACAAGCAGGGCACACCAAAUCUAGUCCUACUAGCACGGCCCACCGACUCACCACUUCUUGAUUCGCCUGAGGUUUGGCGAAAUGAGCUGCAGCGAGCCGAAAGGGUUUUUGUCAAUCGUACAGAGGCUGGGAUUUGGUAUGCCAUGUCGGAGCUGUCAUACCCUGGUGUGACCAACGGUGCAGCACCUGCAAGUGCACACUGGAACUAUGACAAUCGGCCUCUGGAUUUCUCCGGUGACAUGGAAGAGCUCAUCGGUGUACAUGUUCUAUCGACUCAGGAGAAUGUCGCCCCGUUGCGGCUGACCAUAUCCGGCCCACCGCCGUCAUCCGAUUUGGUGGAGGAUGGAGAAAGAGCAGUAGCAUCCAUGGAUGCAAAGCUUCCUCCGUCUCUCCUACCUGUGAUCAGCAGUCCCUGGUUGUCUGUGUUCAAUAUCGUCGUUGCCUGUCUGAUCGUCUUCAUUGUAGGACUGCAGAUCAAGCAUCCCAUGAUGAUCAAGGUGCAAGGCUUUCUUCGCAAGGCUGGUGUUGAAAUUGCACUCGAGAAGUCUCGGGCAAAUGUCUCGGCUUCUACUGCUGAUGCACCUGUAAUCGAAGAAUUGCCAGUUGCAGAUGCUUCUCAAAGGCCUACGUCCGCAGAUGAGAUUUCAGACCUCAUGGACGAAGCUAUCGCGACACCCGCAAGAAGCAGAGCCCAGAGUGUUGCGGUUACGUUUGCGACUCCUGCCAAGACUGUGAGGCUUGCGGAAAUCAACAAUGAAGAGAGCUCUGAAGGUGAAUCAGACGAAGAGAAGAACAAACCCGACUCGAACUCGAAUGAUCCUGCUGAUUCUGGGGCGCAACCUCGUCGUAGACAUGCUAAGCGUGGGAAGCGAGGUGGAAAGAAGAACAAGAAAACGCCCAAGAAGACCAUGGACCCAGAAGCGAUGGAUGAGAAGGUUGAACUGGCUACAGAAAUUCCCACCAAGGAUGGUCUGAUACAAGUCGGCAAGCUGAAGAUCGACACUAAGGAGGAGCGUUGCUUGGGCCGUGGAAGCAACGGAACAGCUGUCUUCCCAGGCUCACUCGAUGGCCGGGAAGUUGCCGUCAAGCGUCUUAUCCGCACGUCGAACAGCCUUGCUGCCAAAGAGAUCAAACAUCUCCUCUCAAGUGACGAGAACCCCCAUGUCAUUCGCUAUUUUGGCAAGGAAGAGUCUCAGCACUUCACCUAUAUUGCACUUGAGCUUUUCACCACUUCUUUGGAUCAGUUUAUCGAACGGCCAUUACAAUACCCCAGUUUGGUGAAAUUUCCGGAAGGGUUUGACGUCAAGGACUGCCUGCGUCAAAUCACCGACGGCGUCCAACAUCUUCAUUCACUCAAGCUCGUUCACAGGGACAUCAAGCCUCAAAACGUUCUUGUCAAGGCUGUGAAGAGUCAGCGCCCUGUAACGGGUCUGCCAAAGCUACAAUUCGUCAUAUCUGACUUUGGACUGUGCAAGCCAUUGGAGGAAGGACCAGAAUCGACGUUUGCUCCGACGGCAAACCACACAGCUGCCGGAACCACGGGUUGGAGGGCCCCAGAACUACUUGUGCACUCUCGAGCUUCUGUUGCCGCACCUAACCCCAACUCGACGACUUCAAAGUCGACAAUACAUUCAAGCGACGGCGCCGUCGUUGACCUUCCCACUGGCCGUCGUGCCACCAAAGCCAUUGACAUUUUUUCGCUGGGCUGCGUCUUUUACUAUGUCAUGACCCAAGGCCACCACCCAUUCGACGUCGGCGGGACCAGUCUCGGUCGGGAUCUCAACAUCAAGGAGAACAAGUUCAGCACCGACGACCUGCGUCUGCACGAGUAUCAAUUUGAAGCCGAUGACCUGAUCAUGCAGAUGCUCAAGCACGACCCGAAGCAGCGUCCUGACACGCACGAGAUCCUCCGCCAUCCUUACUUCUGGGACGUGGCCGACAAGCUGGAGUUUCUCUGUGAUGUGUCGGACUGUUUCGAGCGUGAAAAGAACUCGAUCAACAACAUCUUUGACGAAACUGCGGUCCGCACUCCCGAAGAGAAGGAGUCGCUCGCCGAACUUGCGAGCCUCGAAGAGCUAGCUCCGAAUGUCAUCGGCCCGUCCAGGGACUUUCUCCGUGCCUUGCCCAAGAGUUUCAUCAACGAAAUGGGCAAGCAGAGGAAAUACACCGGGUCCAAGAUGAUUGACCUCUUGAGGGUCAUCCGGAACAAGAAGAACCAUUUCCACGACCUUCCGGACGAUGUCAAGGAGCAGAUGCUCGGCGGAAGCGCGAAAGGGUACUACGAGUUCUGGGCCAAGCGAUUUCCAAGUCUCUUGAUCAAUUGUCAUUGUCUGUUGUUGGAUCGCGGUCUUGUGGGGAGGUUCAAGAUGGACAGGUAUUUUGAGGACAUGUAG